AUGAGUGGCGUUGAACAGCAGCCACCGCCGCAGUUUAGUGCGUCCGAAUCAGGGGAUACUACGGCAGGACGAUUGGUGGUGGAUAGUGGUGAAGUUGUGAGUACAGUGUCUACAAUGGAAGCCGUAGCAGGAGCUGGUUCGGAUGUCCUGUGCAGAAGUAAUAAAACAAGCAGUAAUGCCAACUCCUUCCGCAUUGAGGCUCUACUCGCGAGCAAGGAACAUGAGACAAACUGCAGCACGGGUCCUGAACCAUCACCGACCCGCUCAACCAACAAUGCUAGCAACGUAGAUCUUAUAACGGACGGGUUCGGCACCAAUGACGAUCGUCAUUCAAGAUCCGAAUCCACCUUUUCAUCCGAUUCCUGUUCAUCGAUAAACCCGGGCAGCGUGGAACCCCAGGAUAUGGACGAUUGCGUUAUGAACCAGAUUGGGAAAUCCUCCUCGCCCAGCCAACACGACUAUCUGCCCUUUUACAACCUCUGUCCGUCGCAGGUGAUCUUCACAUCUAACGCGUCCUCCUUCGACACACAUCCUGCCGUUUGCAACAAAAGCAUACCGGUUGACGCUGCGAAUCGGUUCCAUUUCAUGCAGCUACCUCAGCUAGAGCUUCUAAGGCAUCACAACAUCUACUAUCCCCGAAUCACGGAGCUUACAGGACAAAACUCAGUAUACGGAAAAGCGCGACGGCCACGGACUGCGUUCACUUCCCAGCAGCUGCUCGAGCUGGAAAAGCAGUUUAAAGUCAGCAAAUAUUUAUCGAGACCGAAGCGGUAUGAGGUGGCCAACAAUUUGCUGCUGUCCGAGACCCAGGUUAAAAUUUGGUUUCAAAAUCGCCGAAUGAAGUGGAAGCGAUCGAGGAAGGUGAACGAAUCCAAGAAGUACAGUAACAACAGUACAGGUAACAGCAACAACAACAGCAGCAGCACAAACAACAACAACAGCAGCAGCAGCAACACGGCUACCACUAACAACAGCAGCAACGCUAGCAGUAGCGGCAGUAGCAACAGCAGUAGCAACAGUAGCAGCAACAGCAGCAGCAGCAGUAGUAACAGCAAUGUUGGUAACCAUGGCAAUGGGACGCUCGGGUCGAAUAAUGCCGCCGCGAAUGGGGGUUCCAGCUCGUCCUUGCUGCUCGGAAGUGCCCAUAAAACCUUCGCUGACCACGACGGUCGUCCGUGCAGUCGACCCCCGGGUGGUGAUUCGGUGCGGGAUGGCGGGAUGGUGAGUAAAUUAUCCUGCGCCCUGGAUCAUCCGAAGGAUAAGCGGGACAGUAAUGGCGCCGGUAAACAGCACGCGACGGCCCUCUUUGUCAAUCAGCAGUUCCAGACGGUUGGCGUGGGGAAUGGAACCGGUACCGGGGACAUCGUUGGUGUUGGGCCCGCGUUGUUUGCUUGUGAUCCACCAAAUGGUUUAAGUUUUCGGCCUUAUGUAACAUAA